UAUUGGGACAUCGGCAUGGAUUAUUAUGGCUACCGUUAACAAUCUCUUCGCAGGGAUGGGGACACGUCACCUCGAGGUACCGAGCGCCGUACGCUCUAUGUCGCCUAACACUGCCUGUAAAGCACAGGACUGUGGGCUUCUAGCCCAUGGAAUAAAGCGAACACCCUCAGGGCAACCCCUGUAUACCUGAGGAAGACAACGGCUAACGAAUCCCCGCGUACGGUCUGCGGGCGGGAUGUAGCGGGUAACUCCUCGAGUUGCGAGGCCUGCAGUAUCAAGGUGGAGGAUAGGGCACAACAGCUAUACACAAUGCCUGUCUUGCGCCUGUGACAUAACGCCCAUGUACUUGCUGUACGUCGCAGCACGAUGCCCAGAAUGAUUGACAGUAGCCCAAAACAAUAAAACAAGGUGUAAUGAUGAAGGAGACAGAAAGUGACGAAAGAGACCCGAGUGAGCCAAGCUCACAGGCGGCGGUCCAGUUUGAAG